CGACAACAAUCCCCUCGAGCGUGGCGCCCAUCUCUUCUGGUCCGAUCUCCUCGGGCCCUGCCCCUACAGGUCCUGCUCCCUCAGGCCCCAUUCCUGUCACUAGCGUGGACAAGACCACCGCGAUUACUUAUGUCACUGUCACUACCUGUCCCGUAACAUCCACUGUCUCAGAAGGAGGGUCCGUGAGCACCUCGGUAGGGACUACUGUCUCAACUGUCACACUCACCUCGGUGUCGACUAUCUGCACCAAGUGUAUUGUUACGACAGUUCCCUCCGAUGUCGCCCCCAUCACAUCAGGGCCCGUUGCAUCGCCCACUACGAGUGUGGACAAGACAACGGUCGUCACCGUCACCUCGGUGUCUACUAGCCCCGUGACCACAACUAUCUCAGCGGGUGGAACUGUAUCUACCUCAGUGGGUUCUACGGAGUCAACCGUGACCAUCACCUCGGUGUCAACCAUCUGCACCAAGUGCAUUGCCCCUACAAGAGUUCCCUCCGGUGUCGCUCCCGUCACAUCAGGCCCUGUUUCGUCCCCUGUUUCGAGCGUGGAUAGCACUACCGUCGUCACGAUAACAUCGGUAUCCACCAGCCCUGUGACCACUACUGUCUCGGCAGGUGGCACUGUAUCUACGUCAGUGGGCUCGACUGAGUCGACUGUGUUCAUUACGUCGACUUCAACCGUUUGCACUCGAUGCAUUGCUCCCACGCCAGUCCCAUCCGAUGUUUCACCCAUCUCGUCUGCAUUAGAGAGCACGACAACGGUAGUCACUUGGGAGACUUUGACCACAUGCCCGGUUACUACAGUCAUUACCUCGGGCGGCAUUCCUGUCACGUCCGUCACAAGUACGGUGUCGACGAUGACUCUGACCUCAGUUUCCACCAUUGCAACAUCUGUUGUGAUUAGCGUUCCGUCUGCUCCGACCACGGUUGUCCCGGGUGUCCCUUCGGCUUCGACAACUGUUGUUCCUGGUUCCCCAUCCGGGCCAACAGCCGGUGUUCCCACUGUGACCGUAAUCACUUCGCCCGGUGCUCCUUCUGGUCCCACGGGAGUCUUGCCUGUUUCUUCUGAAUCCGAGAGCACAACUGUCGCUGCUCCCACGGUGACUUCGUUCGUCUCAUCGGGCGCUCCUCCUGGGCCUACAGGAGUCUCCCCUGUCUCGUCCGAGCUCGAGAGCACGACGACCGUCGUCACUUGGGAGACAUUGACUACUUGCCCAGUGACCACGGUCAUCACUUCGAGUGGUAUUCCUGUCACUUCUGUCACCAGCACCGUCUCAACAGUGGUUCUUACCUCCGUCUCAACUAUCUGCCCCAAAUGUUCGGCCACGCCAACCGCCGUCGCUCCUAUCACGUCGGUUGAGAGCGCAACCACCGUUGUGACAUGGGAGACUGUGACCACCUGCCCUGUGACGACGGUGAUCACAUCCGCCGGACAGCCCGUCACCUCUGUCUCCAGCACCGUAUCCACGAUCACGAUGGUCGCGACUUCAACCAUCGCAAGGACGGUCGUCGUUCCAACAGGCGUUGCCCCUGUCACAGGGGUGCCUUCGCCCGCGCCGUCUGCCUCGUGUCCCAGUGUAGUCCCCAAGUGCAUCAACACGUGGCUCGAACUGGUCCCCAAGUGCACUUCCAACAGCGACACGAGCUGCUACUGCCCCUCGGAGAAACUCACCAAGAAGGUGAUCGAGUGCAUCCAAGCAUGGAGCUCCUCGGCGGCCGAAGUCCAAUCCGCCCUCUCCUGCUUCACCGGUAUCUGCGCGGCCUACGUGCCCCAGAACCCAGGCAUCGUCACCAACAUCCCCUCCAGCAUCACCCUCGGCCCAACCCCGAUCCCCAGCGGCGUGGCCCCCGUCACCGGCGGCAACAGCAGUGCUCUGAUCUCCAGCAGCGGCCCCGCCGGCCCCUCCGUCCCCUGCACCACAAUCACCUACUCCACCUGGACCGUGACCGUGCCGCAAGUCGUCUUCACCACCGCCACUGCCAGCUCGCAGACAAGCAUCGGGCUCGUCGUGCCAGGACCAUCGACCACCCGCCUGCCGAACCCCUGGUACCCCUCCUCCGCCGCCUGGCUCUCCCACUCCGGCACCCCAAGCCGCAGCCCGACCCCGUCGCCGAGCUACACGCCCCUGUGGUCCAACAGCGGUGUGACCGUCGGGGUCCCCUCAUGGACGUGGUGGGUAGCUGCCAUGAUCGCUACACUCAUACGCCUAGCCUAG